AUGGCCGGCUACGUCUGCCAUAUUUUGCUGUUCUUUGUGUUCACACAGGAAACUGCUUACGGCACCUCGUUCGGCAACAGUCUCUCGGACACGCUGCUGGAUCCAGACUUCAUCGACAGUCCACCGAUGGUGCAGCCGAAGUUCACCUCCCGCUCGCAGUCGAUACGGGCCGUCAUCGGCGACACCAUCACGCUUCCCUGCGAGGUGGAAAAUCUGGGCCGGAAUAUCCUGUUGUGGCGACGGGGGAGCGCCGUCGUAACGGCGGCCAAUCUGAUCAUCACCCGCGACGCCCGGUUCAAGCUGCUCGAGGGCUACAGCUUGCAGAUUAAAAACGUGCGCCCGCAGGACGCCGGGGAUUACAACUGCCAGAUCGGUGACCACGACAACCGGGAUCUGGUGCACACGGUCGAGAUUCUCGUGCCGCCCUCGGUGCGCUCGAACCCGGAAACUGGCCACGUCACCGUCCGGAAGGGCGGCACAGCUACGCUUGAGUGCAAGGCCUCCGGCAAUCCGGUGCCGAGCAUCAGCUGGACACGGAAGGACUCGAUACACGGAUCGCCACAUCUCUCCGAGGGUCCUACCCUGACGCUGGACAACGUCAACCGGCAGGACAGUGGAACGUACCGGUGCUACGCGGACAACGGCAUCCGGGAGCCGGUCUUCGUCGACAUGCAGCUGAUUGUGCUCUCUCCACCCGAAAUCACAGUCGAAAAAUCAUGGGUCCACGCUGGCGAAGGAUACGAGGCCCAGCUCGUCUGCACCGUUCACGGCGAUGCUAAUCCGGAGGUCAUGUGGUAUCAGGAUUCCUUUUUACUUCAUCCCAACGAUAGGCGGACGAUGGAUACACGAGGGGAGAAGCAUUAUCUAACGAUAAGGAACGUCCGAUCGUCUGAUUUUGGAAAUUACAGCUGUGUGGCGGAAAAUUCUCUGGGACGCGCAAAGAAAUACAUCGAAGUGUCGGGACGGCCUGGACCGGCCCAGUUCCACUCGCCAAUGUACAGCAGAUAUCGGGAAAUGUACAACCUAACAUGGAGCAUUGAAUCAUUCCCACUGAUAGAGGAAAUAAGAUUACUCUACAGAAAAUUAAUGAUGAACGAGUCUUAUCAACACCCGGGCAGAUGGCACGACAUCAUCCUGAACCCUCCGUCAACUCGAUCCGAAUCCUAUCGGCAUAUCAUGACUUACACCAUCAAGGGACUGGAUCCGAACUCCGUCUUCGAGACGAUCGUGCAGGCGAAAAAUCGCUACGGCUGGAAUGAGGUUAGCGACAUUUUCCAGUUUUACACGCUCAGCACCGAUAUGCCGAACGAGGACGUGGAGCAGACGCUCGGUUCGACGGCGUACGGGAACAACUACCGGGCACUCAGUGGCAGCGGCACACUCGGGGACAGUUUGGUCCUGACGGCAUUUCUCCUGAGCUUAGUAACGACCGUGCGGCGGCUGACGAGAAUGUAAAGAGCUCGACUGUAAUAAUUAAUUAGACGCCAUGUGCCCAUGUUUAGUUUCUACCUUCUCAUCCUAUGAACACAGUGUGUUUGAUUGUAUUUUUUAACUCAUUGCUAAAAGAGAAGACCACCUUUAACAGUUUAGAGAAAGAAAACGAAUACGAAACACAAAAAGAACGGACAUGUAAACCAUCCAACAAUAUACCUGCCUCCUGCCCCUACUGGAGAAUAUAAUGGAAGUACUCUUCUUACAUACUUCAUUGUAACGCUACAGGUCGUUCUCCAUUAUCUAGGUAGAAUGAGUAGAUAAGCGAUUUGAAAGCAACAGAAAAGUCAGUUUAAUCGGUCAGUGGAAGGACGGAAAUAACGAACAACGUUGUCUACCAAUGGAAUGGGUAAUUUUUGUAGCAAAACAUAAGAAAAAUUUCGUGGAAGUUACUGUGAAAGUAAAUACUUAAGUAAGAGUGUAAGUAAUUUAAGAUGAUAUAGAAAGUACUCGCCGUCAGGCGACGAACAGAUAAGAAACUGCAAAUGAAUAAAAAAGGUGGAAAAAAUAUACCAUAGUUGACGCCAAAGAAGAGGCAGCAAAAUGCUGUAAGAAGAUACAUUAUUUACCCCGUUCUUUGCCACUCGCGCUCACUCCUUCUUUGCUGAUGACAGAUGCAGAUAAGUCUUGUCUCUAAUUUCAGUGGGAGAAAACGUAACAGGAAGUAGUUGCUUAACAGAGGAAAACUUAUUGUAAUGCUAAGACUUAUUAUUUUAUAAUGUUCGCGUAACGUUGUACAUUCAGUUACAGCAGAAGCUAUUUAUCUAUUUGAUUUCCCGAUUCCAAUACAGAUUAUAAAGUAAGAUCCUUAUUGGUUUAUUUUUAAUUGCCUGCUAGCUUCUUGAGAAUCCGCGCUCAGCA